AUGGUGACAGUCUGUGUGUUUCUCUCAGUGGAUGUGACUCUGGAUCCUGAUACAGCUCAUCCAUAUCUCAUCCUGUCUGCUGAUGGAAAACAAGUGACACAUGGAGACACACGACAGGAUCUCCCUGAUACACCACAGAGGUUUAAUAAAUGUGUCUGUGUUCUGGGAAAGCAGAGUUUCUCCUCAGGGAAAUUUUAUUAUGAGGUGCAGGUCAGAGGGAAAACUAAGUGGACAUUAGGAGUCACGAGAGAGAACAUUAACAGGAAGGGGGAGAUUACAGGAACUCACCAGGAUGGAUUCUGGACUGUGAUACUGAUUAAUGAGAAUCAGUAUACGGCUUGUGCUGAUCCCCCUGUCCCCCUCACACUGAGAGAGAAGGUGGAGACGGUGGGGGUGUUUGUGGAUUAUGAGGAGGGUCUGGUCUCCUUUUAUGAUGUGAAGUCCAGCUCUCAUAUCUACUCUUUCACUGGUCAGUCUUUCACUGACAAACUCUAUCCAUGCUUCAGUCCUUGUUUAAAUGAAGGAGGUAAAAAUUCAGCACCACUGAUCAUCUCUCCUGUACUUAACACUGAAUGAAUUUUCACCUCACAGAUUUAAUCAUUUAUUAAAUGGUGAGAAUAAAAAUAAAUAUUUUCCUUUUUCUAGGAAAUUUUAGAAAUAAAUAUUCUCUUUUAAAGUGCUGUACAGUUUAUUUUAAUACUUGUUUGUUUGUUUGUUUUGGAUAAACAAAUAAUUUUAAUCAUUCAAUCUGUUUUUUACACGUUAUGAUUGUGGAACUUUGUCACUAUACAUAUCAAAUAUGAAUAAAGAUUAUUUACAGUUCACGCUGAGUUUUACUGCAGAAUUUAAUAUGAUGAAUAAAAUGUAUGAAGUUCAGCUUCUGAUGUCUGUGUAGAUAAAACCCAACAGCUGAGUUUCUCCUUCAAACUUCAUCAAACACAAACACAAACACAUUCAUCUUUUAUUUAGAAAUAAGAAAAAAAUUCAGGGUUAUUGUGUUCUUUUAAAAAAAAGAAAAAUAAAUGA